AUGUCGGCCAAUCCUGGAAAUUCCCUAAAAGCAUUGUCACCAACACCACCAGAGCGUGGCUCCUUUCCUUUAGACCAUGAUGGUGAAUGUACUACACAAAUGCAGGAAUACUUGAACUGUAUCAAACUUGUUAAGGGAGAAAAUGCACCAAAUUGUAGGUUACUCGCUAAAAAAUACUUAAAAUGCAGAAUGGACAACAGGUUGAUGGAUAAAGAUGAUUGGAAGCAUUUAGGGUUGCCAUCAGAUAAAUCGGAUAGUGUGUCAGAUGUGGAACGUAACGCUACAGAUAAAAAAUAG